CUGCCAUCAUCAUCAUCAUCAUCAUCAUCAUCAUCCUCCCCCCACGAGGAAGGGCAACUGGAGGGGCUGCAUUGCAGACCCAGCAGAGCCGGCAGACAAAAGCGACGCUGCUCCGCCCGCGGCUCCCCGGCACAAAGAGCCCGGCCGGCACCGAGAGCACCGCUCCAGCACCGCCCGCCCUCCGCAGCCUGACAAUGCUGGACACCAUCAGCAGCCAGUACGACUCCUUCAUCUACUGGAGGAUGCCGAUCCCGCGGCUGGACAUGGCCGAGCUGGAGGGGCUGGGGCUCGCAGACAUGGCCCUCUACAAGCCCAAGGGAGGGCUGGCCAAGCUUGGUGACCACCAGGACCUGUCCCAAGAAGAAGACAAUCUGCUGCAGUUCAACAGCUUUAAUUUCUGGCGAGCUCCCAUUGCCAGCAUCAGCUCCUUAGAUUUUGAUUUAAUUUGAAGCCUUCCCUGCUCCUCCUCACCCCCCAGCUCUCUCUCUUUCUGCCAGGCAUGCCAGGAUUUGGUUUUGUUGUCACUUUGGAGGUUCUUGGGUUGGGGUUUUUUUUUUUGGUUUCCGGGCAGUUUUGCCAUCGUUCAUUCGUUCAGCAGUUCACCGUGGCCUCGACGGUGAUGGGCUCCCCAAAAAUCUCCAACUCCUCUCUCCCCCUUUUCCUCCUGGAAUCACAACAGCACAGGGGCCAAACACGAGGGGAAGGGGCAGAAAAAGCCCCCCUCCAUUCCCAGAGGGUUUGGGAGGUGCCACCCCCGUGCCAGAGUGACUGUCCCCUGCCCUGUGUGACAAUUUCUCAGCUCAUUUCUCACGUGCUUUUUUAAGAAACUCGUUUGUGCAAAGGAGGAGCAAUGGGAAUCGCCCUGGUUUUGCAGAAAGCAUUGACCCUCUGCGCUGCCCUGGCCCAAUUUCUCAAAACUCCUCUUCGUCCCUUAACCUUCCCCUGGGGAAUGCAAGGUGGAAGAGGCAGGGAUGUGCCCAAGAUAUCAGCACAACCCUUCUUCUUGAGAAAAAGAAUCACUUUGAGCCUUGUGGUGUGAGCCCAAGCAGAAAAAAUUAUGUCCAGGAGGGUAAAGAGACAUGGAAAUGCUCUGACUUUGCUUAGUGGGGUCAAGGCUGGGUGUUCAUUGCCCCAAAUUUGAUUUUUUUUCAUCCUUUUUUGUGCCCCACGUGGUUUAUUCCCAGUGCUGGGACAGAUGCUGGGUACGUUGUGGGGUCUGGAAGGGUGAUGGGGCAGAGCUGAAAGGUGGAUCUUACCCCAAAUGAAAAUAUUUCAGGUUUUCCACCCACUUAACCCAAGCUUUUAAAAACAACAACAAACAAUGCUGCAUUCAUUCAAGUGGAAGCCUGGAGUUUUCUCCGGGGAGAUUUUCACCCGCUGAGGUUUAUUUCUGAGCAUCGUCUCAAAAUGGGAGGAAAAAACCCACCUUGGAAUAAUUGUUGGCUUUUAAACAUUUUUUUUCCCCUUCCCAACAUUGGUUUGUCUUCUUGAAUGUGCUUUUUGUUGGGUUUGAUUGGGAUGAAGUGAUGUGGAGCAUCCCAAAAUCAUCCUGAGAGUUGGGGGGUACGUGGCUGGGGCCAGGCCGAGGCAGCACUUAAAAAGUGCCAGGAAUAGGCAAAAAAUUGGAAAAAUCUGCAUUCUACCAUGAAAAUUGGAUGCAGCUCUCCUGUAAUCUGCAGAAAUAAUCAAGUGUGCUGAUUUUGAACCAUCUGUGUAAAACCAGAGAUGAAAAAUGUAAACUCUCCUCUGCAGAGCUGUUUCGACUUCUGUGUUCCCAGCUAGGAAAACCUGCAGGAGAAGUAUUUAUUAUGAAACUUUAAAUAAAAUCAGUUCAAACAUACACA